GUUAUUUUGAAAUGAGCUAGCGGAUGUGGUGUUGUCACUCUUUAAUCCGAACUCGCUGAGCUGCUGUCAGUUUCCCACACGGACCGAACCAACCUUCACUCAGUUAGAGAACCAUGGGGCCGACAGGUGAGGUGGUGUUUGGCAGCCUGGUGCCAGUCUGCUCUGAGAACCGGCUGCGCUGGGACCUGAGCCCGGAGCAGAUCCAGCAGCUCUCGGAUGAGCUCAUCGCCAACACCAAGAAGGUGUACGAUCACGUCGGAGCCCUGGACCUCGAUAGCGUCACCUUCAGUAACACGCUGAAGGCGCUCGCAGAUGUGGAGGUUGAGUACACCGUCCAGAGGAACAUGUUGGACUUCCCUCAGCAUGUUUCGCCCUGCAAGGAGGUCCGAGCCGCGAGCACUGAGGCCGACAAACGCCUGUCAGAGUUCGACGUGGAGAUGAGCAUGAGGGAGGACGUCUACCAGAGAAUCGUGGCUCUUGAGAAGAAGAGCGAUGCUGACAGCCUCACUGCAGAGUCAAAGCGCUACAUGGAGCGCCUGAUCAAACUGGGGAAGAGGAACGGCCUUCACCUGCCCAAGGAGACGCAAGAGGUGAUUAAGACCAUCAAGAAGAAGCUGAGCAACCUGUGCAUUGAUUUCAACAAGAACCUGAAUGAGGACACCACCAGUCUGUCCUUCACCAGAGACGAACUGGGCGGCCUCCCUGAGGAUUUCCUGAGCUCUCUGGAGAAGGAUGGAGACAAGCUGAAGGUCACCCUGAAGUAUCCUCAUUACUUCCCCACCAUGAAAAAAUGCUUUGUCCCAGAAACCCGCAGGAAGCUGGAGGAGGCCUUCAACUCCCGCUGCAAGGAGGAGAACUCAGUGAUCCUGAAGGAGCUGGUGGAGCUCCGGGCUCAGAAAAGCUCCGUGCUCGGCUUUGCCACACACGCCGACUUUGUCUUGGAGAUGAACAUGGCCAAAUCCGGGAAGAAGGUGGCUAGCUUCCUGGAGGAGCUGGCUCGGAAGCUGAAGCCUCUGGGUGAUGAAGAGCGAGCCGUCAUCCUGAAGCUGAAGGAGAAGGAGUGUCAGAAGAGAAGUCUGCCUUUCAACGGAGAGCUGCACGCCUGGGACACCCGCUACUUCAUGACCCAGGUGGAGGAGACUCAGUACGCGGUGGACCAGAACCUGUUGAAGGAGUACUUUCCAAUGGAGGUGGUGACUCAGGGCUUGCUGGACAUCUACCAGGAGCUGCUGGGUCUGUCCUUCGAGCUGGUGGAUGGAGCAGCAGUCUGGCAUCCUGACGUUACUCUGUACUGCGUGAAGGACCGUGGCAGCGGUCAGGUGGUCGGGCAGUUCUACCUGGACCUCUAUCCCCGUGAGGGGAAGUACGGUCACGCUGCCUGCUUCGGCCUGCAGCCCGGCUGUCUGCUGCCUAAUGGCACCCGCCAGAUGUCAGUGGCCGCCAUGGUAGCCAACUUCAGCAAGCCGACGGCCGAUGCUCCAUCUCUCCUGCAGCACGAUGAGGUGGAGACGUACUUCCAUGAGUUCGGUCACGUCAUGCACCAACUGUGUGCUGAGGCGGACUACGCCAUGUUCAGCGGGACUCAUGUGGAGCGGGACUUCGUGGAGGCUCCAUCUCAGAUGUUGGAGAACUGGGUUUGGGAGAAGGAGCCUCUGCAGAGGAUGUCCAAACACUACAAGACUGGCAACCCCAUCCCUGACGAGCUGCUCGACAAACUCAUCAAGUCCCGCCUCGCCAACACCGGUCUGUUCAACCUGAGGCAGAUUGUUCUGGCCAAAGUGGAUCAGGCUCUGCACACCAGGAAAGGACUCGACCCUGCAGAGGAGUAUGGACGCCUCUGUCAGGAAGUCUUGGGAAUCCCUGCUUCACCAGGAACCAACAUGCCGGCGACGUUUGGACAUUUGGCCGGUGGUUAUGAUGCUCAGUACUACGGUUACUUGUGGAGUGAGGUGUUCUCCAUGGACAUGUUCUACGCUCGCUUCAAACAGGAGGGAAUCAUGAACCCCAAGGUGGGUCUGGACUACAGGAAGUUCAUUCUGCGGCCCGGCGGUUCGGAGGACGCCUCCGAGAUGCUGAGGAAGUUCCUCGGGCGGGAGCCCAAACAAGAAGCGUUCCUGCUGAGCAAAGGACUAACAGUGGAGCAGGACUGCAGCACACCGUGUCCCUGCUGAUCCACCACAGCAGCAGCUCCACCCCCAGCACUAAUGCACAGAAAACAACGGACUGAGGUUUUCUAGAAAACAGGAAAUGUUGAACAACAUGGAAAAAAAAAUUACUCGUAAAUAAAAAGAUUUGAGGUGA